AUGGAGCUGCAUCACAGAAAGUUGGGUCUACUUGACCCUCCAGCUCCUCCUUACAUAGAGGAUGGUUCGAAACAAAGCUCCGACAAACACAUCAAAAUCACAUACUUGAUCGUCUGUUUUUCCAUUGCAGCUGCUGCUUUCGUUGUUCUCUGCUGCUACGCCAUCUAUGCCAAGUAUUUCUCCCCUCGGAACAGGCCUGUGAGGAGAACCUUGUCACGGCCUCAAACUGAGGAAGAUUUCUUAGGCGAUGAAGAACAUGGCCCUGUGGUUGACCACCCCAUCUGGUACAUCCGCACCACCGGUCUCCAACAAUCAGUGAUUGGUGCCAUCGCCGUUUGCAAGUACAAGAAAGAUGAAGGCUUGAUUGAAGGGACGGAGUGUUCCGUUUGUUUGAGCGAGUUUCAAGAGGAUGAGAGUCUCAGGCUUCUGCCAAAGUGUAACCACGCUUUUCACUUGCCUUGCAUUGACACGUGGCUUAGAUCGCACACCAAUUGCCCCAUGUGCCGUGCUCCUAUUGUUACUGACCCCACAAGGGUUCCAUCCAUGGACCCUAAUGCUUUUGGUUCGAGGUCUUUUGUGGAGAUGGAGGUUUUGGAAAGUGAUGGUGGAGGUGAACAUGCCCAAGCUCAUGCUCAUGCUCAAGCACAAGAUGGUGAGGAUUUGUUGAGGGGUGAGGCAGAGGAAGAAGUUGAAGUGUGUGAAACUGAAAAUGUGGUUUCAGAAAUGGUGGCUGUGCAGCCAAGAAGAUCAGUGUCUCUGGAUUCGUCUUCUGCUGCUAAGAUCAGUCUUUCUCUUGCAACUGUGGUGUCAGGGGAAUCUCAUGGGAAUAAUUCAAAGAGGGUUUCUGGGAAUGGGAAUUCGGCAUCUAAAGGUGGUUGUAGUUCUUCUUCUUCAUCCACUAGUUCCAUAAAGAGGUCACGAUCCUUCAAUGCCAAACACUUAAUAUCAUGGUAUAGCCGCAGCCAGAGAAAGCCAAACGCUCCAUUGAGAAGCUUCUGA